UUUCUACCGUGGUCACAGGAUAACUCAGUGGCAGCUUGGAAAAGGGCUAGUUGGUGAGGGAGAAAGAGAAAAAAAGAGGCUGGUACAGUGAUGUCUCUGAGAGGUUGUUGCCGUCACCACCAAGCCCGUCUGUUGAAAAAACACUGCUUAUAAAAAAAAUUUCGCAAUGGCAACGGAGUUUAGCUUGAACGCCGUGUGGCAGUUUCUUUCGGAGAGAAGAGGGAAAGUGCCGAGUGCGGAGCUGCUGGAACAUUUCACUGUGUUUUUGAACAACCCCAAGACGAGGGCAAACGCUCGAGGGCAGUUCAAAGAGUUCGUGAACAAAGUGGGGCUGGUGGUUCAUGAAGACGGGAUGAAGUACAUCUGUUUGAAGAAGAAGUACCGGGGUCAGGUUAACUGGUCUGAAGCGUUUGAUGAUGGUAAGGGGCAUGUCAGUAAAGACAGUGAUGGUGCUGCCGUUGAUGUGGAAAAUGGUGACAAGCAACGUGGAGCAAACGGCAUCGGGUCAUCUGCAGAAGCGCGAAAACAAAGCGCAGGUGGAGGAGCCUUGACAGAUCCGCUUAAAUCAGUACUUUCACCGCCAGUACUUGACAAUGGAUAUUUGGACAACUCGUGCCAUGAAGAAUGCAAUGAAAGUAAUCAGACUGUAUCCGUAGGCCAGCACAGUGUUCAAGAAGAUGGGCGAAUUGCGAGGCACUCCUAUGCAAAUGGCACGAAUGGACAUGUUUCUUCAUCAAAUAAGAAUCCAACAGUGUCAAAUAUGGAUGCAAAAAGGGGGAAUCGAAUCCAAACCGACCAUAAUCAAGCAACGAAAUUGACGACCGAAUCCUUACAAUUAAUUACUGGUUUGGGUGAAACAUUGUCGAAUCAAGACUCCACUAAGGGUGUUCAGAAUGCAAAAGAUGGUGGAGAUAUGCUUGCCACUUCCUCAAAUUCUGGCGAUGACAGAAAGGACGCUGUAACCUGGAAUUUGUCUGAAAGCACUGCAGAGCAGACGGCAAAAUUCAAAAUAUUAGAAAACGUGGGCUCUACAGAACACGAUAUUAAGUCAAAGAAUGAAAGUAAAAUGUUAUUUGCAUCUCAAUGCAACUUUUCACCCACUCAAGUCAAGACAAGCCCAGAUAUUAAUGUCAGAAGAUCUUCCCGAAAGCGUUUACAGCGCAGUCUGGCGGUUAAUCGGUCAAGCAGUCUUUGUGAUGAUGGAAACACCAUUGAGAACUCGACAGGUGCACCGAUCCCAGCCAGUGAAAGCUUAUUAUGUACACCCAGAUCGAGUAGGAAAAACUUUAGAGAACUAAUGAUUAGCAGUUCACCUCAGCUAAGACACAGUGUUGUUUACAAUAACACUGUCACCUUCUUAAAUGUUCAGCAAGGAGAUUUGGGAUCUAGUAGAAGCGAUAGCGAUUCUUCCUCUUUAACUUCUUCAAAACUGGACUAUGAAGAUACGGGAUCAGUAGCACUUGAUCCUUUGGAACAUGAGUGGAUGAUCCAUGCUUCGGAAGGCAGGUGGGAUAACCUUAAAGCAUUACUGGCAGCUGAUCCCAGUCUGAUUACUUGGAAAGAUUUUGUCACGGGAUUUACAUGCCUUCAUUGGGCAGCAAAACAUGGUAAACCGGAAUUGUUAGCAAUGCUAGUCAAUUAUGCAGCAAAACAUGACAUUCCAAUCAAUAUUAAUAUUCGAUCUAGUGGCGGUUAUACCCCUCUACAUUUGGCUGCAAUGCAUGGGCACACAGAAGUAGUGAAACUGUUGUCUGGCGCCUAUGACGCUGAUGUUGAUAUUAGGGACUACAGUGGUAAAAAGGCGUGGCAAUACCUAGGCCAAGGGAUUUCAGAGGAAUUGAGGAGUCUUAUUGGUGCAUCUAGAAACUCUGACUCUGAAAACGCGUUACAGAAUGGAAGUGGCCGUUGGAGACUAUCGAAAGUUCUUCCCGCCAACCUGACACACAAACUGUCCAGUGCUCCUGAAGAAGAGGCUUGUCCUAAAGGCGCGCCUGCAAAAGCACUCAGCCGGAAAACCUCGACUAAUAAAAUGAAACUCGGUCGAAUAAGAUUUAAAACACAGAUUAUUCACACUACCCCCUCUCUUCGAGGAACAGGUGAUCAGAGAGAUCCAAAAAGCGCAUUGAAACUCAGACCAAAGUCAACUAUUUUUGGAUGAGAGAUUACAGGAAUGCGGAGAUGAGCCGAAUGUGGUAACACUUAUAGAGUGAACAAAACUAUUUUCUUUUAACUGCACUACUAGUAAUUAACUUAGUUAUUAAUCAAUUGUGCCAACUUGAAUCUUUUCACCCUGAGCAAAGGAUAUAUUUGGCGUAUAUUUGUUAGUUGCCUUGAAUGAUGCUAAUCGUCUCUAUAUAUCUCCUACUGUAUCUUCUUAGUACUAAAUUACACUUUUUCAGUAGAGUUGAGACUCUUACUUAACAAGCUUCUUUCUAUUUUAAAUCAUUGCUAUAGUAUUUAGAAAUACAAUAAAUUCACCGUAUAAAAACUGGAAAAUAUUAAAGUAGGACAGAACAAUAAUGUAGAUUUUUUUUCUAGAACAUUGUGGAACACGUUUCUGGAACAAGUAGAAUAGUGAGGGAAUACUGUGAAUGUAUAUACUGUAACUAUGUUGUAAAUAUUGUGACACCUGCUGCAUUCAGUUUCAGGUCCAUGAUGACAUUACAGUGCUUCCAAAGUGUUAAUCUGAUAGUUCCAUAGAAAAUAAUUUAGAAUCACAUUGGGAAUAAUUUUAUGAUUUUAAAAAGAAUGGAGAAGGGUUUAGUUUCUGAAAUGUUGCCUUGAUCCAGUCAAAAGGUACUUCUUGGUUGCUGCAACCUAAAAAUCCAGCUGCUGCUAACACAAGUUAUGACCAGACAUGCUGCUUUGAAUGUGGUAUUGGUGAUUAUUUAUGACUGAUAAGAUAGCUAGUGUUAUAACUCUCAAUACUUAGAAGGGAUUCUUUCUAUAAGUAAAAUGAGACAUGUUACAAUAUAGAAUUUGUAAAUUUAAAGAUUAAUUGACUAAAUAGGUUAUUUAACAGGAUUUUUCAGCCAUCGUUUAAGAUGAAAAUAUAUGGUAACAGAACUUUAUUUCUCUGCCCCCGCCCCCAGGAGGACAAUAUAAAGUGUAGGUUUUAUAUCAUUUUAGUUAUAGUAAUGAAUUUAGUUUAAGGAAUUUGUUUUGAGAAGGCAAGUAGGAAAUUUCUAUUUCAUGGUGUACUGAGAAACCAUAAGCAGGCUGGUCCUUUUAAUUUGAUCCUGCUGGAUUCCAGAGAAGUCAGUUUGUUUUGUUUCACUUAUAAAGUAUGCUGCCAGUAAAUAGUUGAACUCUUAGUUACCCUUAGUUCAGCUGCUAGGAAAACAUGGGAUAAAGCUCUUCAUGUUGUUGAGCCUAAUGUUGGCUUAGUAAGUCAUGUUCAUACUGCCCUGAAAAUACGAGCAAUUUAUUUUCAAAGCUAAAAUGGUAUUUAGAUUAAAGUGAACAUCAAUUUAUAUAAUUAAAUAAAAGAUACAUGUUCAGUAAUAUUGCUAAAUUAAUUAACUGUGAAUGUUUUGAAAUAUAAUUUGAAAAAUUGCUUUGUGAGCCAUUUACUAUGGAAACUUAUAAACUGCAUUUCUCUAAUUAUUAAUAAUUUAUUUUCAUCAAACCUAUGACAAGUCCUUACUUUAUUCAGAUUAAGCCAAUUGACUUGUUUUAAAUCUACUGUGCAUUAAAAAUCGGUACCGUUUCUCUCCCAAUAGAAACUGUGGCUUAAAAUGUUGAAUGUUGACAUUUAUAACUGUUUCCAAAGGAUUAGACUAUGUCAGAUAGGAAGUGUUGCAUGUGAAUUAUUGUUUAAUUAGGCCCUUAAAAGAUAUGACAGUUCUAAGUUUAGUGUCAAACUGUUAAUGCUAUUUAAAAAUUGUGGAAUUUAUAGUCUUAAACAACACAAAAUAACUCAACUGAACAACAGAAGAAACUUUAACUGGAUUGUUAGUGAAACUGAGCAAAACUCUUUGGUUAAUGUCAAACAAUUAAUUUGUGUUCUUAAAUAUCUCAGUUUAGAUAGUUGUUUUCUAAUUUAAUCCAUUCUGUUUUAGUGGCCCUUUUAAAUGUUUUUCAGAUCAUGUUUCUUUCAUAAAAUGUUUCAUUGGUCACAUAAUCCUGACACAUAUGUCUUAAAACGUGGUUUGAAAUACUUUGUUACAUUUAACUGACAUUAUAUAUUUCAUAUACAUAUAAUUUUUCCACAAUAAGGAAUGAUGAAUCUGAGGUAAUGUCAACUGAAUUACUACUAGGUGUGUGUUCACGGCACAGAACUAAAUGCAGUUUGUCAUAGAUGGGCAGUGUUAUUCAGGGAACUAUGGUAGAUGUGAAAGACUUACAAAUCCACACCUUUGUUGUAUGAGAUACCUUCUAAUGUUGGGGAUAUUUUUUAGGAAGAGUAGAUUAUGUUCUACAUCUGACAUUUACUAUAAUUGAUGAAAGUUUUCGAUGCUACAAAAUGGCAAAAAUGGAAAAAGACUUCCAGUUCCUACCACUGAUUUCCCUUAAUAUAAUGAGCACAAAUUAUCUGUGGGCUGGAAAGAUGAAACUGUUGUAUCAGACUAUGAGUAGCCAGUAAGAAACAUUUGGUGUAGUGUUAAGGCAGGAGAGGAAAGUGAGAAGGCUGACGGCAGAGUCAGGCUAUGACUUAAGCAGAAGGAAGCUGGUUUCCAGAAUAAGCAAGUUGACAUGGGAUCAGCUUUAUUUUUUUGGAUGUCAGCCUGAUUGGUGCCAUGUCACUAGCGUGGAUCAAACUAUAAGUUGCGAGGACCAGUACAAUAUUAGAGUAUUACAUCUCACAAAGUGACAUUCACAAAACUAUUAAUAAUAUAGAUUUCUGAAAACUGGACAUUUUUGAAUACAGGGGUUUAUUGAUUUUUUUCAGCCAUUUAUGCCUAAUAGUUAGUGAUAAAGAAACCUAUGAUGCAGCGAGACUGCAUGAUAAAAUAUCUAAAAACAUAUUUCUUUAUUUUCGCUUCAGUGGAUACUGUGUAAAUUUUGUGUUUAGAAAUAGAUAAAGGUUCUGGAUGCCUUUUGUAUGUUUUUGCAUUGAAAACACAUGCACUUUAUACUUGUAAAUAUGACUGCACAAAAGAAUGGUUCAUCUCUUUGUUGAAGUGAAAUAUGGUUUGUUUACUAACAUGUUACCAUUUUGUGAUUAAACUCUUGAAAAAACAA